UCUCUUCACCUCUGGCACGCUGUCGUCAAGUCGCCGGCUCCCGAGCCCUGACGGAAAACCCUCCGAAAAUGAAGAUCUGGGCGUCAGAGCACGUUUUCAACCACCCAUGGGAGACGGUGACGAAGGCAGCGAUGCAAAAAUACCCUAACCCCAUGAACCCCAGUGUGUUUGGUGUGGAUGUUCUAGCCAGAAAUGUGGAUACAGAAGGGCGGUUACGCAGCACCAGACUGCUCAGCACAGAGUGGGGCCUUCCUUCCAUGGCUAAAUCUAUGAUCGGGGUAACAAGAUCAUGCACUUAUGUACAGGAACAUUCAGUUGUGGAUCCCAAACAGAAAAUCUUUGAGCUGCAAUCUACAAAUAUCUCUUUCACCAACUUGGUAUCUGUGGACGAAAAGUUGACGUACAAGCCACAUCCACUGGACCCAGAGAAGACAGUGCUAACACAAGAGGCUUUGAUCAGUGUGAAAGGUGUCAGCCUAAGCAGCUACCUUGAGGGUCUCAUGGCUAAGACCAUAUCUGUUAAUGCCAGCAAGGGUCGUGAGGCGAUGGAGUGGGUCAUCAGACGGUUAAACACAGAGAUCGAGGAGCUGGCGGCCACUGCUCGGGGCUCCAUGCGCGUUCCCAUUGCAGCAGCCGCUGCAGACAAAUGAUCCCGACUAACCUCAAUUUACCUCCACCGUCAUGAUUCGAUGGGUUUCUCCGACAUUUUUCCCCUUAAAGGGGACUUCUCGCCUCAUCUGCCAACAGCCUAGAAACCACAGCCCUAUCCUUCGGUCCCAAGUUCGAUUGUUUGUGUUCGUUUGUCACAAGGACUGUUUGUCCUUCCUCAACAGGCUGCACUGAUGAGUUUUCCACUCGUCUCUGUGGGCGGUGACGGGGAGGGCCGAGCUGAUGACAGUUUAAAAAAAAAAAACAAACAGGGUUGAUUCGGACUGCACUUGAAGCUCAUAGGAUUUGUCUUGUGAUGUGAAAGAUCUUUUAUUGAAUUCACACGGUGCCUCCACAUUAACUGAAAAAUGUAUUUUUUUUCACUUCCUUCUUUCCAUCAUCUUUAACAUGCUAUUGCCAUUUCACAUCCUUAUGAGCAGGUUGAGUACAGCUAUAAAGAAGUAACCUUCAGGUAUGUUUUCAGACUUUGUCUUGUACUGUAGAACUGACUAAAAUAUCUCAAAAUCAAAAGCUGCCAGUGCAGAAAGGGUGUAAAGAGAAACUAAAGGUAGUGACGCUGUAAGUUAGACUAGGAGUUGACUUGAGUUGCCACCCAAGUGAUAUCCUCUUGUUAUUGUAGCGAGGUUAGAUUUUGGGCAUCCAGUGUUUUGUAGCUAAAUUCUUUUAGUAUGACUUUUACUAUAAAGGUUCUGAACCAACUUUGCCAGAAAAAAUAGAUACAUUUUCUAUCUAAGCACAUGGUUUGACAACUAGACCCGAAUGCCAUUUAAGUGAUCGUAAAAAAGCCAGUUCUUGUGUGCAUUUAUUUGGUGCUUUUAACGGAACUGGCACUUGUCAUCUUGUCAAAUGUGAAUGUCAUUCCUCUGGCUGCAGAUUUUCUGUGUUUUUAAAGGGUCCAGAUCAUGUCACUGAAGCAGAAUAUACCAAAGCCAGAGUUUUUUACUACUGAGAUUGGCAGCUUCGGCUUGUUGCAACAACAGCCUCAAAGCAUUAAAAUCAAGCCGAGGGAGGUAUUUUGAUGCAGAUGCUGGUGUAUCUGCUACAGUGGCCAUCAUGGUAGGUUGGUCCACAGAUGUAAUCUCUUAGGAUCUUUCUUGUCUCGUGUUUAGAUUUUGAAAAAAAAUACAUAUUUCCUCUAUAUUUUCUCAGACAGUGACAGUGUUCUGUAUGGUUAAGUGUUACAGUUAAAAAUGUUCAUACUUGAAUGUUUAACUUAUUUUCAGCAUGUGCACUUAACAGGGGAAGAAAGUCUUCGAAGGAUACAAAUUUAUAAAAUGGUGUUUGUGCACCGACGUGUUGGCAUUCGCCGGUUAUUAGCUUGUGAAUGCUCAGGAAGAGCCCUGUAGCGCUACUAACUGUGCCAACAUGACAUGUAAAGAUACAAGGAACUUUAAAGAUUUAAUACUUUAGUAUAAGUUAAUUUGUGGCUGUGAAGAAACACUCUGUGUUGACCUUUUAAUUGUCCUGUCUCUAACUGUAGGUGUUAUUUAUGUUAUUUCCUCUAUUUAAAACGAUCAGAUUGGUUUGAAAGCUGUGGAGUUGUGAAAGUUGUGAGUACCUUUUUAUUAUACAGUUUCCAUUUGUAUCCCAGAACACUGUCAGACCCUACUUGUAGUUCUGCCUUCUUUCCCUGUAUGAUGUACAUUUGUACAAAGGAAAGUUUACAUUUUAGGGUGGUGUGAUAAAACAAAAGUUUGUUUUUUUUGCAGCGUUAACAUCAUUCAUCAGAGCUCAGCACCAAAAUGACUUCCACAGUGCUAUCAGUCGCAUCAAACUAUCUGACUUGGUCUUUUUCACUCCUGCCACUGAUCUGUUCAAGGUCUUGUUCAGAAAUGCUCAUCAAGGGUCAUCAUGUUCCAACACAUUCUGUACAAAGUCCAGUCCGAUCCCGUCAGCAAGUCAGCCUCGCGUGUUUAUUUCAUGCGGCAAGAUGUUUUUCUAUGAGGAACAUUUUAAGAACAGUGGCUGUAAAUAGGCACAUAUUUAUAUUUUGGUGGUGUUACAUUCCAAGAAUGUGAACAUGUAACAGAAUCUAAAGCGUGCACACUGAAAUGUUUCAAAAUAAAGAGAUGUCAUUGUUUCAUGAAUA